AAGUACGUACCCUUCCCCACCGACCCGCUCUCUCCUGCACGCCUCCCCCAUCCACCCGCCCUCCCGCGACCCCAUCGAGCCCACCAUGCACACCAGCGAAUACGACUACCUCUUCAAGCUCCUCCUCAUCGGCGACUCGGGUGUCGGCAAGUCUUGCUUGCUCCUCCGUUUCGCGGACGACACGUACACGGAGAGCUACAUCUCCACGAUUGGCGUUGACUUCAAGAUUCGCACUAUCGAGCUCGAGGGCAAGACCGUGAAGCUGCAGAUUUGGGACACUGCAGGCCAGGAGCGCUUCCGUACCAUCACCUCCUCAUAUUAUCGCGGCGCUCAUGGUAUCAUCGUCGUUUACGAUGUGACGGACAACGACACCUUCUCCAACGUCAAGCAGUGGCUGCAGGAGAUCGACCGCUACGCGUCGGAAGGCGUCAACAAGCUUCUUGUGGGCAACAAGUCCGAUUUGACCAGCAAGAAGGUGGUUGAAUACAGUGUCGCCAAGGAAUUCGCCGACCAACUCACCAUCCCCUUCUUGGAGACCUCUGCUAAGAACGCCACCAACGUCGAGCAGGCAUUCUUGACCAUGGCUAAGCAGAUCAAGGACAGGAUGGGAUCCACCUCGACGCCCGCUGGCGGCGCCAAGUCCACUACCAUUACGCCCGGCCAGUCUGUCCAGCAGCAGUCCAGCGGCUGCUGCUGAACCAGGCGCAGACACUCCUUUCUCUCCUAACGUCUCGCCAUGUUACCUCUUUAGACUGCGCGGUUUCUAAUGAGUUGACGAUGGAGGCCUGCGUCGCCUGGGAUGACCCCUCUUUUUGCGCUAUACAUACGUAUUUCCGACUAUACACUACCUUGCUGUGGUAGACAUGUUGUUUUACGCGAUUUAUUAGUUUCUCUUAUGCUAUCCUGG